UUUUGUCAUGAUAUCUACAGAAAUAUAUUUAGGUAUACAGUGACGCAACCUGCUCUUCCUGGUGAAUCGGCGCAGUGAUAAGGCAGGGGUGUGGGCUCGUCUCGUCUAUAACUUACCGUCAUCUGGAUAAACAUAACGUGAUGUGAACCAGGAAUUCACUGUAGUUACUCACCCACCCGUGGAAAUGACUGAGAUCUAAUAUUCUUCUUACAACGCUAUAUACUGAGUUUUAAUUUUAUCAAAACACCAUCAGAUUAGAUUAAUCAUCCGUUUGCUAUAAGUAUAUAUGUGACACAACGCUCUCUGAAAUGGGUUGUGCUAACUCAAGUGAAAAAUCGUCCCGACACAGCGGCAGACUGAGCCGAAAAGUGAAAUCAGACGUGGUUCUUCCAGAGAAAGUUUCUGAUCAAAAAGACUUCGAGAUAAACGAAAAUACCAUACAACCGGAACUUACAGAAGAGGAGACUUUACUCGUGAAAGAAUCCUGGGACAAACUUCACUCCGAUAUUGUCCGUGUUGGAGUUGUCAUGUUUACAAGACUGUUCGAGACCCACCCUGAUGUUCAGGACGCCUUCAUGGACUUCCGUCACAUGAGCCUAGAGGACAUGCGCCAUAGUAAGACGCUCAGGGAGCAUGGCCUUAGGGUUAUGACCACCGUGGAGAAGGUCUUAGCGAGGGUAGAUGACCCCGCCAAACUAGACGCUUUCCUACACCAUCUAGGCACCAAACAUGUCAACUACAACGCCAAUAAAAACUAUAUACAGCUGGUUGGUCCGCAGUUUGUCAAGUCUAUUAAGUCUGAACUGGAGGACGUAUGGACGUCGGAGACGGAGAGAGCUUGGUACAAGCUGUUUGACUACAUUGCUUACUUCAUGAAAAAAGGAAUGGAAUCGGUGGUCACGUGAUCACAGUGAACCAAUGAACUACACACUUGUCACGUGUGACCUGCCUGAUAUCAUAUGAGAAGUCUGCCGUUAACGGUAUUUCAGUUUUCCCAGAUCAGGAAAUGAUAGAAUAGCCAAGUAUUUAAUUGCUGACAUAGGAAUCAGUGAAGGCCUUUGGUGGCCUAGGUUGUUCGUGGUAACUACAACUACCUUUCCCUCACAGGACGAAAUGCCGUCAGAUUUUUUUUGAAACGGCCAGCCUUAAACGUAAACAGCACCGUAGGCCAAGAUUUGUCUUAAUAUUCAUAUAUGACAAAUUCAUAAAAUCCGUGUUUGGACAUCUCAGCGUAAACUGCUUAAACUGCUAUAAACAACCGAAAUCCAGCAUCCGCUAACGCCAACCUUGUGCGGAACAUUUUAUUGCUGGAAUCAGGAGGGCUGCUGGAAAUGGCAGGGACGUCUUAGAAGAAAAAGGCAGUGGAAUGGACCCACAAUAAGGAGUAAUGCGUUUGUGAGGGCCUAUCGUUAAAUCAAAGCUAAAGGCGAGAUCACACAUAACGACAGAAAGGAAAUAAAUAGAGCUUCAAAGGCUGCUAUACAUUAUAUAUAUUUCUGAACUAUAGCAACUGUCCAUUGGCAGUGCAGAUUUGCUUUCAUUUGAUAUGCACGUUUAGCCUAUUUAUGGGAAUUUGUCCACUUGUAAAACUCUAAAAAUGUGCCUUAAUUAGUAACGCACAUCCUGUAUAUGAUCAUGACGAAUGAAAAGCCUCGACGUUAUCAAAUGAAUGAUAUGUUAUAGUUGUGACCUUUCGGACGGUCUGUUCAUCUUUCACAUUACUGUGGGAAGAGCAGUAUAGCUGACAUGCUUGCGAUGUAAAAUAAAUCAUCAGAAGUUUAGAUAAGUGUCAGUUAUUGUGUAUAAGGCUAUAUGUACCAGAAUUACGACGCCCAAAUACGUCCAGUAAUUCAACAGAUUCGACCUAUACUUCAGGGGGACAAGACUAUUUCAUAUCCGGGCAGUUGUACGUGGAUUAUAAAACAUAAACUACGCUGUUCUCGCCAUCACUUAUACUGUUUGCUGUAUACAUAUCCUAAGAAUAAAUUCUCGGUAAAUGACUUAUUAUCUAUCAAAAUCAAUACUUUUUUGCCAGGUUUCGAUGUACUGAUACAUUAACCAAUACCAAGUGUGAGACACACAUACGCAAGGAAAAAUUCGUU